AUGUCGGCCUCCACGAGUAAACCUGGGUUGGAAAUGCCCGCGUUUUCCUACGCCCAAGCUGCGAAGGGGUUUCCUACGCCACCUACCGUGCAGAAUGCUGCUGAGAAGCAAAAUAAGGCAGGUACCACAUCGUCAGAUCCGAGUGGCCAGAGGAUAUCUGCUGGGUCGGUAGAUGGGGAUGGGUCAAAUCGAACUGUGGCCUCCUCAACGGACAUGGAGUCUUCAUCUAUUGCUACAGACCAUACUGAUACUACGGACAAAUCGCAAACGUUUUCUGAGCGUAACUCGGAUUCGACUGUUAUAGCGCCUGCCGCUAGUCAGCCUUCUAAGAAUGCAACUUCUGGAAUUUCGUCUGUGAGAACCGCAUCCGCCUCAACGUUGCCUAAAGGUGAUGAGAUCUCGGGCACCUUGAAUGGCUCAUCUGAUUCUGCCUGGGACAAGCAGUCACAAUCAUCUGGAGCUGUCGAAAAGUCGAGUGAAACUGCAACGGCGGAUUCGAACAAGGAAAUAUCGAAGGAAAAUGGAUGGGAAAAGCAUACUACGGCUGUGAAGGAAUUAAGGGCAGCUCCUAUUCCUACAGUCAAUGUCUGGCAACAGAGGAGAGAAGCACAAGAGGCCAAGGCCAAAGCAACAGCCGCAUUAAAGUGUCCCACCACUCCGCCUACGGCCAAGCCUGCCGCCGCGAAAUCCUCGCCUCUUGGUGAGAAUCGUUUGGAGAAUUCAAAGGGUGGAUCUCGAAGAAGGGCGAGCGGCAUUCCUGAAACUGCAUCAGAUGCUGCUGGAUCCAGGAAAAAGCCAAAUGACGGCGGUAAGGGAAAGGAAGAAGGCUCCAGAAAAACUGGCGUGCGAUCAAGUAAAACAAUAGAUAUUGACAAUGAAAAAGCAGUGGAGACUCUCUCACCUGUAGCAGAUGCGUCCUCGUGGCCUACCCCGCAGCUCGCACAAGGCGAAGAAUUCCGCAAGGCCCACGAAAAGGUCGACAAGACCGAGAAAUCUGAGAAGGAAAAGACCCCUACAGCUGGAUCCCGUGGGAAAGAGAAGUGGAUGCCGGUUCCAUAUGUCCCUUCAGCCGUCUUUAAUACUCCCCUUCCCCCUGCUGCACGAAGAGGUGGAAGACCCGCAAGAGGUGGAAGGGAACCGGGCAUCCGUGGUGGAGCCAAUACUUCUAACCCUGUAUCUGGUGGAGAUCGACCCGCGCCUACAUCUGGUGCCGUUGCUGGCGGAUCCAAACAUCCUGGCCAAACUGAUAGGGACCGUAGCGAUCCUCGUAUUGUCUCUGACACGUCUGGCUCCCCUCAAAACACAAGAUCGGGCAGCGCAAAUGCAACUGCACCCUUGGAGGAUAGAAAAACCCUACAAACCAUUUUGCCUGAUCGAACUGGUAAUGAUGCGAAAAAUGCAAAGGGUGGUGAGGAGCCCCAGUCAACAGCUGGCAGGGAAACUCAACAUUCCCUUUAUUCCUCGGUCGAUACAGCUCCACGGCAACGACAAAAUUCUAAGAAUUUUGGUAGGGCACAAGACUUUGCCAAUGUGUCAUCUCACCGGGGCUCUGAGCAUCCUGGGAGAUUUUCUGUUCAGGGAGAUUCUCACCCUGGCGCUCGGUUUAGCUCAAGUCAUGAGCGGCGUUUUGAUAGUGGUCCUAGAUCUGCAGAUUUUUUUAAGGAAGUUCCUCCUUUCCACCCGAGAGAUCGAGAUUACACACCUCGGGAACGUGGCGAAUACCAUCGCGAGCGUGAAUAUGGUAGAGAGCGUGGUGAAUCUCGGCACGAGAGAGGUCGUGGAGGAUUUAGGGGACGAGGUGGACACUCAAGCUAUGGCGGAGCUCAUAAUUCGCAAUAUCAUAGUGCCCCAAUCCCGCAGUCCCAGUUCCAGUCUUCAAAGCCGUUCUCGCUUAACGAACGCAACCGACAUCACCAGCAGGGAUCUCAAAAUGGUUCACAGCAGCAUGGCUCGAAUCGGGGUCUUAGUAUGAGAUCACCGUCUCUGCAAUCGUCAGGAGUUUAUGGUCCCACACCUUAUGCCAUCCAAACCGAUAUCAAUGCGAUAUAUGGAUAUGCACCGGUGCACCAAGGUCCAAUGACCGCUAUCACGUACCAGCCAUAUAUGGAGCAUUUCUCCCUGAUGAGCAUGAUCUCAAUGCAACUUGAGUAUUAUUUCUCGGUGGACAAUCUUUGCAAAGAUUUGUUCCUCCGGAAGCACAUGGACUCGCAAGGCUUCGUUCUAUUAAGCUUUAUUGCCGGGUUCAAGCGGAUUAAGUCUCUCACGGAAGAUAUGGAGUUGCUUCGAGUUGUUUGUCGCCAACUGAAGAAUGUGGAAUAUAGACCCGCGGAAGACGGCGCAGAUCGUCUUCGCAAGCGAGAAAAAUGGGAGCAAUGGAUCAUUGCAAUGGAAUCACGCGAUCCUUCUGCCCAGAAUGAAGGGCCACCCCCACUCCCCUUGUCAUCUCAAGCUCACGAUGGGAUUAGUGAUGGUUUGAAUUUGAACUCGACGCACAUGGAGGGCCACGCGGCGCCGUAUGGCAACGGAUCCCUGCAUGAAAUUUCCGGCAAUAUUAUAGCCGCCCACUACCCGUUGUCGAAUGGCGCUGUUUCCGACUCUCGCGUCCAUCACACUGUCCUAUCGUCCACUGCUCCCGAAUUCUCCCCUUCCUAUGUCCCUGUAAUGGGGGCAAUUGAAAAUACGAAUGUAGGAAAACCCAUUGUUGAUGAGAGCACUUUCCCAGACGAACAGAUUGAGAACUUGGUAAUUGUGGUGCGUAAGCCAGGGAUUUCCAGCCCGGCGCAGUCACCUUUUCUAAUUUCUUCGUCUCGUUCUUUCUCCAGCGGAUCUGUUGACGGUGACAAAAUAGCGGGUGGCACAGUGAGCGCAGACAACCGAACAUCUCUUUCGACCCGGGUGACCCAGACCAAUAUUGAUAGCCAAACUGAUUUGCAGCCCCGCGGAAGAUCACCCUCAUUGUCCAAAAUACCCGAGACAGUCAAUACCAACAUGCCCACGUUCUGGGUCAAAGACAGAGAUACCCCGAUUGAAUACCUCCCUACCGACCUCAUCCAUGAAUCCUACAAUAUAUUCCGAAAACAAACCCUUGAAAAACGCUCAUCCCACAUAACCAACGAUGGGAACCUGGAUAUGGACGUUCUUUAUCAAUUCUGGUCUCAUUUCUUGGUCCGCAAUUUCAAUUCAAAAAUGUACAAUGAAUUCAAGAGUCUGGCGUUUGAUGAUUUACAUUCAAAGAAUUCGACUACGGGCCUCGACAGCAUCGUCAGAUUUUAUGAUGGAGUGCUUGCAAGCAAUAGAGCGAUGCCGGAUGCCGUCGCGCGGGACCUGGUCGCACUUGUCGAAUCUGAGUUGGUGGACGCGAAACAAACGAGGCCUGCAUUUCAAAGGCUUCGGUCUGCGUGGCGGAAUGGCGCUUUCAACUUCAAAUCCCGGAAACGGAUUGAUGGUAUCAUUUCGGACGGACUGAGAGCGGAGUUGGAGAAGUGA